CAACGCCGGCUGCCCGAAUUAAACCAACAUCAACAUCAUCCACGGAUUGUUUGAGUUUGAAACUCGCUCGUCUUCUCGUUGACACUCACUACCGUCUGUAAAUGUUCCAGAUGCCCAGCGAGGAUUUCGAUGUGUUGACAUUUUAUGUUUCAGUUUAAUAAUUUGAAUUUCAUCCAAUCCGUGUCAUCUAGUUUCAGAAGGUAAACAUAUCGAACAGCACGAUGUCAUUGUCAACAGUUUCCAUCGCAAAAGGCAUGGAUGUCGGUAGGAUAGGCGCGUUGAGACUCCUCCCCCAUCCGAUGCGACAUACUACCUUGCCUUGCUUUCGAGGGACCCCUCGCUCCAUAUCCUCGACAAGAGCUCGUCACAGCUUAUGCAAAAACUCCCAACAAAUCUUAUGUUUUUCUCGAAAAAAUGCCUCGAUAGCAUCAAUGGCUCUUCAACAACCCUGUCGCCACACGAUGAGUUAUUCUUCCAUGCCACAAGCCCAGCGGCCAAAGGCAGAUGAUUACAUUCAAGAACUCCAAGAUUUAUACGAGAUUGCAAAAGACGAGCUCGAAAUCGCAGCUGAAUCCACCGCCGCCUCCACCAUCUACGCCGUCUCCGAUCGCAUCUCCCUCCGCGAAGCGUUCGAUGACCUGGACCGUGCCUACGCCGCGUACACAGGAACGACACCACACCCAUCGCAUCUCGAGCGGCCGCCGCCAUCAUCUUCAGCUAAUGCGGUAAACGGAGCAGGAGGGGCAAAUGAAGCUGGCGAAGCGGAGGGGGAAGAGGGGCAGACGAGGGGCAGUAGUAGUAGUAGUAGUAGUAGUAGUAUGAGGUUUAACCCCGUGGAGGUUCCGGAUGAAGUUCGGGAGGAGAUCAAAAGGCGGAUUGGGCAGAGGAUUCGGGAGUUGAGGAAUGCGGUGGAGCAGUUGGAGGAGAGUGUUAGGGAGUGAGUGGGUGUUGCCAUGCGCUGUAUAUGUACAUACAUGUACAUUGGUACAUUGUAGGAGGGAAAGCUGGAUUUGGGCGUGGUUUAUAAGGGUGACGGAUAGGUUGAAAUAGGAUUUCGUGGGCCUUGCUUGAUGCAUUUCAGGGUGUUUGGUUCUAGAUAUUCUAUGUACUGUAUAUCUACAAGGUGAUGGAUGGAUAACCAGUAAUUCCAAAUACUUUUGUGUCCAGAAAUCUCAACAUAACGUAUGUAUAUCAUUUGUCAUGUGAUAUUCUUUAUUCUUCGCGCAUAUCUAGCUAAAAGAGCGCAUAUAUAUAAUAUCCGUGCAUGACAAAAAGUAAAUUUGCACACUUCUUUAUAUUGUGCCAUUCAUAUACAUGAUCAUAAUAUACCGACCGC